UUCCCUCUUCUCCGUGACAGUUAUUAGCUGAUAAACAAUCAGAAUGGGGGAAAUGAGAAAUUAUGAUAACGUAAAAGGGUACUUCCUGAGUGUUUUAUAAAAUAUGUUAACUCUUUCGCAAAAUUUCAUUUUAAAUAUAAAUUUGGUAAAAAAAAACUCAUCUGAAAAUGAAACCACUUUCUUUGUGCAUAACUGCAGUCACAAUAUUAGGAGCAAUGAUUGUUAACACAGAGGCGCUCUCUCAGCCAGUUUGUGAUGAAUGUGAUCCUCAGAGUUGUCCCGAAACAUCCUGUGAAUGUGGCACAGUUAAGGAUGGUUGCAACUGCUGUGAUUUAUGUAGUUUGUGUGAAGGUGAUUCUUGCAGAAUAUUUGCUGGCGAUGCAUGUGCUCAAGGCUUACACUGUGGACAUCCCCCUGGUACAAGUUUUGCUGACAGAUAUAAUAAUCCAGGAACAUGUGUUCUCAACGAUUCUUAAACAGAAUUUUUUAUUCAUUCACUUCUAAAGAUUAAUUGUUUAUCUUUUGAAAUAAAGAAGUAAAUAUUUCA